CGAUAAUUCAUCCCCUCCGGGCCCAUCGGAUCAAUUGAGGGGCAUACAUUGUGAAACAUGUCAUCCAUGGUUCUUCAGACGCCAGUCCAGCUGUCCCCGGCGGCAGCGCUGGCUUUGUCCCAGCAAGCGCCUGCAAUCCUCCGAAGCUCACCCUCGACCGCGUCUUCCUCGCCUUUCAGCACGUUGCUCUCCGGCUCCGAGAAGCCAGAGCAGUGGCUCCAGUACGAGAACCUCAUUCUGGCGUGUCUCCGAACCGGGGAUGAUCGGGCUGCGCACGCCUGCCUCAGCCGUCUCGUCGCUCGGUUCGGAGACGACAACGAACGGGUGCAGGCCCUCAGGGGCCUGGUGAAGGAAGCCGAGGCCAAAAACAAUGGCGCGUUGGAGGAUGUGCUGAAGGAAUAUGACCAGAUACUCAGCGAGAAUGACACCAACAUUCCUGUUGCAAAGAGGCGCAUCGCGCUGCUGCGGUCCAUGGGACGCAUUUCCGACGCGACAUCAGCGUUGGUACAGCUUCUCGACUACUCCCCCACCGAUGCCGAAGCGUGGUCUGAGCUGUCGGAUAUUUACCUAUCCCAGGGCCUGUAUCCACAAGCCAUCUACGCUAUGGAGGAGGUCCUGGUUUUGGCGCCAAAUGCGUGGAAUAUCCACGCGCGGCUGGGCGAGCUGCAGUACAUGGCCGCGACCGCCCCGGGAGUGGCCAAUGGCUCGUACCAGAAGUAUAUGGCCGAGGCGAUCAAGCGCUUCUCGCGAAGCAUUGAACUGUGCGACGACUAUCUGCGAGGAUAUUAUGGCCUGAAGCUGGUCACCAAGAAGCUGCUCGAUGACGGCGGCAAGCCAGCGAAGCAGACAGACGAGAGCGAUUUUUGGCUGCCAGACACAAACACCAUUGAGCGGCUCAAUGAGCUUGCCACAGCCAAGCUGUCCGAAAUUACCCGACGCAGCACCGCAAAUGACCGGGGUUGGCGUGGUUACAGCGAAGCCGAGGUUGCUGCAGCUCGGGAGUUGCUUGCUGAUGAUGCAGCCGCCACCGAGAGGUGAUGACCUCCGAGGACAGAGGAAAGGGGCCCGAGACGACGAGGUCCAGUGACGCGUCUGCCAUGCCCGUCAUAUCAUGCGUCAUAACGGAAACGGCAAAAGAUUUGAGAAGUCGGCGCGCAGGUGCACUCGCUCGUUGCAAGCUUCCGGAAUCGCGUUCGAGGUCUUGCACCGAUUCCAGCCACAGCCGCCGGUUCUCAUUGGUGCCCGACCGCUUUCUUCUUGUAGUAGCCGAGGUGGGUCUUAGGGUACGAAUCGUCGUGAUGGCAGGAGCCUGAACGUGGCUCCAGUAAACAGCAAGGAAGAGGUCUGGUGUUCCGGUGGGGAAUGGACGGAGCGGGCCUUUACACGAGAGCCCAACUGGAUUGCAUGCCUUACCGCUGGCUGAUGAGGCUUUCUUUGGUGCGCAUCCAAUGUCCUUCGGACACAAACCCCGGAAAUCGUUGGGCUACCGUGUAAGCUCAGCAAAUUGGCUGGAUUCGGCUGGGCAAUAGCCGACAACGCAAUCGCGAUGUCCAUAAUCCACCCGCAGUAGUUGGUUCGCAGACACCUCAAUGGCGGCACGAUGAUUUUAGUUGAAGGACGAAGAGCCCCCGUGCCUAUCGAGGACGGUCCAGAGGGUCAGGUGUUAGCCUGAAAUGGGCACUGCGGAGCCUGAGAUUGACGUGUCUAGUGAAGGAGCUUGAGUUGAAAACGAAGGUGGUGUUGCGGUAGGUUAGCUUAAGUUUUAGGCAAAGACGUAUUAUAUCUUAAGGCGUC